AUGGACGGUGACAAUCAGACAAUCACUACAGAAUUCCUCCUCCUGGGUCUCUCUGAAGAGUCAGACCAAGAAGAGGUCGUCUUUGGAAUGUUCUUGGGGAUGUACAUGGUCACCAUCUCUGGGAACCUUCUCAUCAUCCUGGCCAUCAGCUGUGACCCUCAUCUCCAGACACCCAUGUACUUCUUCUUGGCCAACCUCUCCACUGUUGACAUCUGCUUUUCCUCAGUCACUGUCCCCAAGGCGCUGGUGAAUCACAUGGUGGGAAGCAAGUCCAUCUCUUACACGGAGUGCAUGGCCCAGAUGUACUUUAUGCUCGCAUUUGGCAACAUGGACAGCUUUCUGCUGAGUGUGAUGGCCUAUGACCGCUAUGUGGCCAUUUGUCACCCACUCCACUACACCAUGAUGAUGAGGCCCAGACUCUGUGUCCUCCUGGUGGCCAUAUCAUGGGUCAUCACAAACCUGCAUGCUCUCUUGCACACUCUGCUCAUGGUUCGCCUCACCUUCUGUUCCCACAAUGCAGUGCACCAGUUCUUCUGUGACCCCUACCCUAUCCUGAAACUCUCUUGUUCUGACACCUUUAUCAAUGAUGUCACAGCCUUCACUGAGGGUGCAGUGGUAUUUCUGGUGCCAUUUGUACGUGUUGUUGUUUCCUAUGUUUACAUUUUCUCCAAUGUCCUGAAGAAGCCCUCUGCCCAUGGGAUAAGAAAAGCCAUCUCCAUGUGUGGUUCUCACCUCACUGUGGUCUGCCUCUUCUAUGGGGCGAUCCUAGGAGUUUAUAUGCACCCUUCUUCCUCCUACUCACUACAGGAUGCAGUGGCCUCUGUCCUCUUCACAGUGGUCACUCCCAUGGCUAAUCCCUUCCUCUACAGUCUGAGGAAUCGUGACAUGAAAGCAGCCCUAAGGAAGAUAAUUCUCAGAUCCUAG